AUGACGGUUCAUGACCACAGCAAGCACGGGAUGACGUGGCUCGAGGUCUCCGACAAGUGGAGGAACUUGAGGAAGAUUGGCAACAACUACAUAUUCGCCAACUUGAAGCUCGAGGCCCGACAAGACUUGCGUCGCAAGAAAGUCGAUGAACUGCUCCAAGAAGUCGGGAACUGCUGUCGGGAGGGCAAGGCCGUGGACAUAGCCCAAGCCUCGUUUCGGACAACACUUAAUCUGUUGUCGAACACUUUUUUCUCCGUGGAUUUGGCAGAUACGUCUUCGGAGAACGCGAGAGAGUUCAAAGACGCCGUGAAGGGCAUCAUGGAAGUGAUCGCGAAACCGAAUCUAUCUGAUUAUUUCCCGAUCGUAAGGUUUCUCGACCCGCAAGGUAUUAGGCGAGAAACUGGCGUUCUAUGCCAGAAGUUUCUCGGUAUUUUCGAUCGGAUUAUCAAUGAAUGGCUGAGAUCCAGCAACGAAAGUGAUCGAAGGGAAAAAAACGGCGAUGUUUUAGACACUCUUUUGGGCAUUGCAGAAGACAAGAAUAUGGAUCUUGACUUAGCCGAAAUCCGACAUCUUUUCUUGGAGCUAUUUACGGCGGGAAACGAUACGACGUCGUCCACGUUGGAGUGGGCGAUGACGGAAUUGCUUCGGAAUCCAAAGGCAAUGUCAAGAGCUCGUGAAGAGCUGAGAGAGAACAUCGGAGUGGGGAAUACGGUGGAGGAAUCUGAUACUACGCGCCUACCCUAUCUCCAUGCCAUCGUCAAAGAGACUUUCCGGUUACAUCCUCCGGCUCCGUUUCUCAUACCAAGAAAAUCUGGUUCGGAUGUCGAGAUCAACGGGUUUGUCAUCCCAAAGGGUGCAACGGUGUGGGGACCUUGGCUUCAGAUGUUUGAGGAGGGGGUUGAGGUGGGUCAGUUUGUGUGGGUUCAUUGGAGGUUGGUGGAGAAUGAGCUUGGUCAGCUAAUGAGAGUGAUGGAGAAGCUAGGGCCUUUGUCAGGACAGGGGAAGCCUGUACUACAGGGGGCAAAGGAGAGCGAGCCAGAUCAACAUCAACUGCAGAGAGGGGAGUAG